AUGGUGUAUCGCGGCAAGCCUUCAGCUGCAUGCGCUGAAUGUAGAAAACUGCGCAGCCGGUGUGACAAGAAACAGCCUGCUUGUGGACAGUGCACCAAGGCUGGCCGUGGCUGCUCAGGGUACCGCAACAUGGUCGACCUUAUGUUCCUCGAUGAAAGUAGCCGAGUAGUUACACAGAACAGGGGUCGCAUUUCAGCCAGGAAAAUGUUUCUGGACGAUGAGCAUGCCAGCAAGAUGUUAGUUCAACGACCUAAAAAUCAACAACCACCCGAAUCACCUUUGCGAUUGGCUGGCUUCGUCAUGUAUCAGCCGCUGGACGACCUCGGGGUCAACUUCUUCAUGAACAACUUCAUCGUGGACGAUCCAAACAUGUCACUGAUCCACUAUCUCCCCGGCUAUUAUGCUCGAUCAGGUUUCUCUGGGCCUGCACUACGACAGAUGUGUGCAGCUGUCGGGCUAGUCAGCCUUGCGAACAAAUCUCACAGGAAGGAUAUGCUGGAUGUCGCUACAAACAAUUACGCUACUGCAAUACGAGUUAUAAACGCUGCUCUAUUGUGUCCAAAGAAGGCAGCUCAGGACUCCAUACUCGCAUCUAUAUUCAUGGCAGCCAUGUUCGAAGCCCUGAUCAUCCCACGACAUAUCGGCAUGGAUAACUGCUGCACGCAUCUAGCAGGUGCUGUAUCAGUGGCACACUUGAUUCUGAAGCAGGAGAGACAUACUGAUGUCACGCUACAACAGUGUACGGCACUAGUCAAGACUGUCAUCAUGAACUGCUGGGUGCAACAAAUAUCUCUACCGCCCAACUUUUCCGAAUUUAAGAAUCUAGUGGAAAAGAAAGCUGCACGCAUUUCUGUACACGAAAUGUUCUUGAACAUCGUCAUGGAGUUGCUUCAGUUCAAGAAGGACAUUCAGAAUUCAAUGCAGGAUGAUCCUGCUGCCAUUAUUGGAAAGGCUUUGAAUAUCGAUACCUCUCUGGAAGACUUUGCACUUAUAUUGGACCGUCAAAUUCCGUUUGAAUCUAUCCACCUACCCGCUGGUGAGAGCGAGCAUCUGGCGUACAAAGGAUACUAUCACAUAUACCCUCAACAUCUCCACGCCCAUCUAUGGAACAACGUUCGCUCAUCCCGCAUACGCCUCCACCAGCUCAUCCUACGGCAAUCUCGAAGUCUUACGCCGACCCUAAAACUAAGUGCUCAAGAAGCAACAUCCGAAGCCGUCAUCGUUGCACUGACGACAGAAAUGAUGGCGAGCGUGCCCCAGCUAGCAGGCUACCUCGAAGACCUUGAAGCACCACCUACACCCGUCAUACACACAGCACCAGCCCCAAAAGGCAUCUCGUAUGAACUAAGGUAUCCAACCCAGCGAUGCGCCACUGCUCGCACCCCCGAGUCCAACCCCCACAGUUUCUACCACGUACUGUACCAGCUGUACAUCUACGGAGCUGAAUCGUGUUUACCCCAGUCAAUGAGGCUCUGGAUCCAACAACGUAUAGCGUGGAUGGAAAACAAAGCAACCCCCGCUGAGCUAGUGAGCUUGCAGGACGUAGUCAGGCGUCAACUGUGGAGUGUUUCCUCCACGAACAGUGACAAACAGUAUGCACAUUUUUCGUUUACUUGGUUUUGA